UAAAGACCUAACAUAUCAACGUUUUAAAUUUGGCAGCUAUCCUAUGGUUUAAUACAUUUAGAUAUGCCUUUUGAUAAUUGCUGAAUUGGUAACGCAGUAAUGCCUGACAUAAAAGUUGUACCCCUUGGUGCAGGCCAGGAUGUUGGCCGCAGUUGCAUAUUGAUAUCCCUUGGUGGAAAAAAUGUGAUGUUAGAUUGUGGAAUGCACAUGGGAUUUAACGAUGAUCGAAGGUUUCCUGACUUUUCAUAUGUCACUGGUGGAAAGGGACGAUUAACCGAGUAUAUUGACUGCGUUAUUAUAAGCCAUUUUCAUUUGGACCACUGUGGUGCAUUACCAUACAUGUCUGAAAUGGUUGGCUAUGAUGGACCAAUCUACAUGACCCAUCCUACAAAAGCAAUAGCUCCAAUCCUUUUGGAAGACUACAGAAAAAUAACUGUUGAUAAAAAAGGUGAAGUUAAUUUUUUUACCUCACAAAUGAUCAAAGAUUGUAUGAAAAAGGUAGUUACGGCUAAUCUGCAUCAAACCAUAUAUGUUGACGAAGAACUCCAGAUUAAGGCGUAUUAUGCAGGGCAUGUAUUAGGAGCAGGAAUGUUCUACAUUCGUGCUGGAACCGAAUCUGUUUUAUACACAGGAGAUUAUAAUAUGACACCUGAUAGGCAUCUUGGAGCAGCAUGGGUAGAUAAAUGCCGGCCAACCCUGCUUAUUACUGAAUCAACGUAUGCAACAACUAUACGAGAUUCGAAACGAUGUCGAGAAAGGGAUUUUCUGAAGAAAGUGCAUGAAACAAUUGAUAAGGGUGGAAAAGUAUUGAUCCCUGUUUUUGCUCUUGGAAGAGCACAAGAACUUUGUAUUUUACUAGAGUCAUACUGGGAUCGCAUGAAUUUGAGAGUUCCAAUAUAUUUUUCAACAGGUUUAACUGAAAAAGCAACAAAUUAUUACAAGCUUUUCAUAACUUGGACAAAUCAAAAGAUAAAAAGUACUUUUGUGGAUAGAAACUUGUUCGAUUUCAAACAUAUCAAGCCAUUCAACAGAACACUCAUUGAAAAUCCAGGUCCCAUGGUUGUUUUUGCAACCCCGGGAAUGCUCCAUAGUGGAUUGUCUCUUGAAAUUUUUAAAAAAUGGUGUACUAGUGACAAAAAUACCAUCAUAAUGCCUGGUUAUUGUGUUGCAGGUACUGUAGGCCACAAAAUCCUUUCUGGUAUGAGGAAAAUCGAGUUGCAACCUGGUAAGGUGGUUGAAAUCAAAAUGCAGGUACAAUAUAUGUCGUUUAGUGCACACGCUGAUGCUAAAGGGAUAAUGCAGCUAACUCGUAUGUGUGAACCAGAGCAUGUGUUGUUGGUUCAUGGCGAAGCAAAGAAAAUGGAAUUUUUAAAAGCAAAAAUAAAUCAUGAAUUAGGAUUGGAGUGCUUUAAUCCAGCAAAUGGGGAGACCUGUGUCAUCUCAUCAAAGCCAUGUGUACCAGUUGACAUGUCUUUAAAACUCCUCAAACACAAAACUGAAAUUGUUGAUACUGCAACUCCGAACCCAAAAUGUUCUAAAAUUAUACAUGGAGCGUUGCUAAUGAAAGACAAUAAAAUAAGACUUUUAGAACAAGAUGAAGCAUUACAAGAACUUGGACUGCCAAAACAUGAUUUACGAUUCACAUCAACAGUGGAAUUACAAAAUGCUUGCCGUUCUGAAAAACUAACAAUGACUCGAUUAUAUGAACAUUUAAAGCAGUUGUUGAGGUCACAUUCUGUUAAUACCACAUCAGAUGGACAUAUAUUGAUUGAAUCAGUUUUACUUAAAGUUCAAAAAGAUUCUGAAGCAGCUAUGGAUGUGUCGGAUGAUUUUAAUACCCAUGAAGAUGACAGUCCAGCAAGUAAAUCAAUAUUGGUUUCAUGGCCAUAUCAAGAUGAGGAUUUGGGAAGUUAUUUAAUGGAGGUUUUGAAAAAUGGUUUACCAAAAUCAGUGACAAAAGUUCCUGUUCACUGACGUACUUGUUUUUUUAAUCUUUUCACUAAAUCAAGACCAAAAUCAUAUGGCCAUCUUGAUAUAAUUUCAAAUACUAGAGAACUUGCAUAAUCCGAGUUUUUCUUAAAAUCAGGUCCAAUAUUUCACCAGUUUUGUCUCAAGAAGUAUUUACAGUUUACACAUGUGUUGAUACAUCUGGCUAGUACUCUAGUCAAAGCCUAAAUACCCCAGAACUAAACUUGAAUGAGGCAGUUGCGCCAUAAUGCAGAAUCUGUUGAGCACAAUUGUUUUAUAGGUUUAGAAAGCUUACUCAAUUAAACCUGCCUUUGGCAAAUAUCUGAAAAUUUCUACAUCUUGUGUACACACUGCUUUAUGCAUAUUCCGUGCAUUUGUUACUUUCUUUUUUAUCAAUGUAAUAAACACAAUAAUGGAUUCUCAAA